AUGUCAUUUGAAGACAGACCCCGGCUGAAGGUGGCACUGGGGGUAUAUCUGUAUCAGGCUGUGUUAGUGGAAAGGGCUGCUUCAUUCCAGCUAGUGCUGUGUGUCCAGGCUGCAACUCAGCCCAAAUCAGCAUUUUCCUCUGUGGCCCCCGCAGUCAUCAGCCUGCCUGUCACCCUUGGUCAUCUAAUGCCAAUAACGAUGGACUUUGAGUUGGCUCUCUUCUUGCCUGGCUACUGCAUGACCUGGUGCUCCAUCCCCGUCGGCAACUGGUUGACAGAAUGUACAGAGGGAUUCCUAAAAGAUCUUUCCAAGCAGUCCAGAGGUUCUGAAAACCAUAUGGAAGCAAAGUGUGGAGCAUCACUUUUUAUGGAGCAGCUGGCCACUCUGAAAUUUCGAGAAGUGGGACAAGUCUAUGUUUACCUGCAAAGAAAGGGCUUCUCCUUCUCCUCCAGACCAAACCAGAUCCUGACAGGGACAUGCCUAUGGGUGUUUUGGCAGUGCUAUAGCCCCUUUGGGAGACAUCGAUCAUGA